ACCUCUGACAUCCAUAUGUUUGGUCUGCGUUCGCAAAUUAUGUACUGACUAGACGUAGCAGCUAAAGAUAAGUAGUCAUAUUCGCCGAGAAGCCAAGAAAAAAUGUAAAUUUUCCUCUCCUGUCAGACUUCCCUCAGGCAGAAAGUUCUAAGGUAUUAUAAGCAUGGUGAGGCAGUUCGAUUAUCAAAAACUGACCGUGAUCAGAGCCCUGCGGACGAUUUCAACAUCGUCGUCCCGUUCGGCAGCGCCAGCGGGAAGCUCUGUCAGUGGUCCAGGUAGGCCGGCCGGUGUAGGUCAGCCCGAUCAGAAGGGGGCUUCCACCGGCCUGCUAAGCAGACUACGGAGUGACGGCAGGGUGUUGUCUUUGUUGCAAACGUACGAGGAUGUGGUGGGCAUUGGAGAUGUCAAGCGGGCUCAAGAGAGAGUGACCCAGAUUGAAAAGGAAUUUAUGGAAGUUCGUGAAACUGUCAAGAAAUCCGCCCAAGAGUUACACAGUGUUCAGGCAGAUUUAAGAGCAAUACGUGCCAAGCUGGACAGAACACCCCGCGAUGAUGCAAAAUUCUUGGAAUAUGCAACAGAGGAGCAUCUGGCCAUCCAAAAGGAACGGAAGAUGGAGGAGAACCACGACUUGCUGGAGGAUGUGGAGAGAAGUACAUUUGCUAAGCUGUCGACAGCCGUGAGAGAGAGUCAUGAGAAGCAGCGAUCACAGGAAGAGAGAACAAAGUACUGGGGCAUCAUUGGGUCUAUUGUGGGGACGAUCAUUGGCCUGCUGGGCUCCACAGCCAUCAACCAAAAGCGCAUGUGGGAGCUCCGGACUAUGGUGGGCGACCUGCAGAAGGACAUUGGCCAGAAUGGCCAGCUGCGGGACCUGCAGGGCCUGGUGGCAGACAUCCGAACGGCGGUGGGCGACGGCAGCAGUGGGGACGACUCGGGCCCUGGCACCAGCGAGGUCGUAGCGGCCCUGGACCGACUUGCCGAGCAGCAACGGGAGGGGUUGGAGGCCCAGGAGAAGAACCUGACCAAGAUCCUCAAGCACCAGGAGGGGGUCCUUGUGAAGGAGAUGGAAGGGGUGCGGAGGUUCGCAGCUGUUGGGACUGGGGACGUGACCACCUUAGAAGAGCUUGUCAACAACGCCGAGCAAAAAUUGGAGUGGGAAAUGAAAAUGAGCACGCUAUCGACCGUCGUCUUCAUCUAUGGAGCCUUCGCCCUGACACUACCUAUACUUUAUAGUAUAUUUAAAUAAUGAACUGCACAUAUUAAAUCAACAACGCCUACAAACAAGGUAGAACAAUGCAAAGUACCAAAUUUCUGCAUCCAAAGACACAGCUUUACAGGGAAUAUUGGACACUGGACAAGGUGGAGGUUGAAUAACAAUCAGUGUGUAGGAUUUCUCAAGCAAAUUGACAAAAGUUUCUUUAAAAAUUCCAUUUUUGCUUGCCUAAUUAAUGCUUUAACGUGCAGUAUUCUUAAAAAAAAGUCAAAGGUAUAAAAAUAAUCCAGUUUGUAAAUACAAUUAACUGUACUUGUAUUUACUUUUGCAUUUUGCCUCAUCCUAGUAGCAUGCGUUGUCAAAUUUAGGCUCCCACUUCUUCUAAUCUUGUACCAAGCAAGUAAUCAUUCUGUUCUUCCAUUAUUUUGUAUUUUUAUAAGUAUAAUCAUUGUUCUCCACAGUAAUGUAUUGUGUUUCCAUCUUCUAAAUUGGAACAAAAGAGUAAUGAUCAUUAUGUUAUGUUUAUUGACUCAGCUUUGGUAAAUUAGUUUUCUACAAGAUCACUUUGACUUUGUAUUCUUUAUGAAUUAUGCUGCCCAUCGAGCUGAACAGGAUGCAGAUAUUUUCAAUAUGUAUGUACAUGUAUUCCUGUUCAAAAUAGCUUUCAGGCCAGUAGCUAGGACUUUUUGUGGGGGGGUGCAAAUCCUCAACAAAGCGGACCAAGCAUACAUGUAGAUUUUUUGCUAUUUUAUUUUGGAAAAACAGCAGGAUUCAUGAGGUCGUACCAAUUGUUUUGGGGGCCUUACAAGGAAACUUCCAAAGAGGCAAAAAUACCGAAGCGCGUGGCAUUUGUUUCUUGCACAAAAUGUUCUGCUGUUGCUAAACAACAUUUCUUGCUUUAAAAGCUGACCUUUUAGUUAAGUGGGGGAUGGGGUGCGGAUACACCCCUGCACCCCCCCCACCCCCGUUAUGGGCCUGGUCAAAGCUCAUUGAACUCUUGAAAGCAUUGGAAAUUGCUACUUGUUGCAAAUGAAAUACAUAUUGUAUUCCAUCCUAAAAUUCUAAGUGGGAUGAUUUCAGGAGUCAAGAUAGAAGUACCUGUGGAAAUGUUUUUGUAUGUUUGUUUUUAGGGGUUGUUGAACAAAUAUGAAAGGCCAGUUUGUACAUUUGCCAUAUUGAGCAUGAGCGCGAUUUCUAGCUUUGUGGUGAAAUUGCAAAAGUUGAACCCAUUUUGUCAUUGUAAGUACUUCCUGGAAUCAAAUUUGAAUUCAUAUUCACCUCCGCAUGAAAAGUUCAAACCAUCCUCCAAAAUUGGUCUCACGCCAGUUCCAUUACAACCCAGUUCAAGGCACACAUAAAUGCCUCAUAAAAAAAUCAGGAGUGUGUCUGCGUGGACAUGCUUUGUUUUACCAAAGAGGACAGAAAGGGGACAAAAGGUGUUGUCCUUGAUGGCCAAUCUAUUGUCCUUGGUGGUAAGUGCCUUUGCUCAGUUGAUGAGAGAGGAAUAAUAUUAUGGGACCAGAGGUAAACACAUUGCCCUCUCCUUGGUGGUAUAUCAAAACACACCUGUGUUCGGGCAAGCUGUUCCUUUGGUGGACUUGGUAACAAAAGAGGUCCACACACUGCAGCUAAUGAAGACACGGCGUGGACUUGCUUGCAUGCAAGUCCAGGUGUCCUCCCCUUCUCUUCACAGCAGUUUCAGAGGAUGUACUUUCAUACCGAGUAUCAAAAUACGGAGGGAAAAUAUUCUGUCCACUGGUUUUUUUUUUCAAACACAUGGCGAUAAAAGAAUGUCCACAGUAGCUUUGUGUAGUCUUAGUUGUCUCAUCUUAUGCUGCAUGUCUAUGUGAGCACUACAAAGUUUUGUUUGUCUUGCUGUAGCAAACCUCGGUAGGAUUCAGGGACUCUUCAAUGCUUCCAAUGUUGGUUAAUUGCAAUUGUUCACCAAUACACUGACAUUUCAAAUUCCUAUAUAAUAACAAGCUACAUCAGUAACUGAA